AUGUCGGCGUCGGCAUCUUCAUCCACCGCGCCCGGCGGUGGCGCUCCACCAGCUGCGGCGGCGCCCGGCAAGCUCUCGCGAGCCGAGUUCCGCCGCCAAAAGGACCUCGAGGAGGACCGCAAAGCCGGCAGGGCACCCGCCGAGCUCGACGAGGAUGGCAACAUCAUCAACCCGCACGUUCCCGCCUACAUGGCACAGGCGCCCUGGUACAUGGACACCGGCUCGCGCUCGCUCAAGCACCAGAAGAAGCCCGUGGACCCCAACGCGGUCAAGGCGGGCAUCAACGACUGGUACCAGCGCGGCUCCACCUCGUCCGAAGCACCGGCGGCCAAGAAGUUCCGCAAGGGCGCGUGCGAGAACUGCGGCUCCAUGUCGCACAAGACGCGCGACUGCCUCGAGCGUCCGCGCAAGAAGGGCGCCAAGAAGCUCGGCAAGACGCUCGCCGCGGACCAUGUGCUGGACGAGGUGCAGGGGCUCGACUAUGCGGCCAAGCGCGACCGGUGGAACGGCUACGACCCCUCGGAGCACAGGAAGGUGGUCGAGGAGUUUGAGGCGAUCGAGGACGAGCGCAGGCGGCUCAAGGAGGAGCAGAUCGACAAUGCGACGUCGUCCGACCUGCGCCACGCCAAGAAGCUCGUGCAAAAGUCGCGCUCCAAGACCGACGACGGAGACUUUAGCUCGUCGGACAGCGACGACAGCGACGACGACAAGUAUGCGGACAAGGCGGAUGCGGUGGGGCAGAAGGUGGACACGGACAAGCGCAUGACGAUUCGCAACCUGCGCAUCCGCGAAGACCGGGCCAAGUAUCUGUACAACCUCGAUGUGGAUUCGGCGUACUACGAUCCCAAGACGCGCACGAUGCGCGAGGCGCCCAACCCGCACAUCCGGCCCGAGGAUGCCGAGUAUGCGGGCGACAACUUUGCGCGUGCGCAGGGCGGCGAGUCGUCGCAACUGGCCAAUCUGCAGAUGUUUUCCUGGCAGGCCGAGGCGCGCGGCAACGACCUGAAUCUGCAGGCGAAUCCGACUGCCAACGAGAGGCAGUACCGCGAGUUCCAGCAGCGCAAGCAGAAGCUGCGUGCCGAGACCAAGGGGAGCAUUUUGGAGCGGUACGGAGGGGAGGAGCACUUUGAUGCGCUGCCGAGGGAGCUCUUGGUGGGACAGACGGAGCAUUACGUAGAGUACGAUCAGGCAGGCAGGGUGGUCAAGGGGUUGGAGAAGGCGGUGGCGAGGAGCAAGUAUGCGGAGGAUGUGGUGGAGAAUAACCAUACGGCGGUUUGGGGGUCGUGGUACGAUGUGGCAGCCGCAGUGUGGGGGUAUAGGUGCUGUCAUUCGACCGUGUACAACAGCUACUGCACAGGCGAGGCUGGUAUCGAAGCGAGUAAAGCCACCUUCCUUCCGCCACCACCGGCGAAGGCGUCCAAGGAGCGAAAGCGGCAUCGAUCGAGAUCCAUCGACUCGUCUUGCUCACAAGAUUCGGCUCGACAAAGGUCAUCUCGCAAGACCCAUCGAGAUGCCGAAUCUUCGGGAUACACUUCGCGCAAAGAGCUGGGGUCAGGAGAUGUAGCGUCUCGACUCGACAGUCGCAAGCUGGAAGCGGCCAUGCUGGAAGAACGCGCGCGCCACGAUCCCGCCCUCGCCGCCCAACUCGACGAGGCAAAACGCAGGCGCUUCGAAGCGCUACCCGACUGGCUCCAGGACGCCCAACGCAUCAACGCCAAACACCACCCCGCCCACGCCACAGCUGACACAGAGGUCUCCGAAGAGCAACUCGAAGCCUACCGUCGCAUCAACGCUUCCGCCCCCGCCAGAAGCGAAGAUCCAAUGGCCAACUACACCGACAACCCCGACCAGAUCUGA